AUGUUGGAGGAAUAUGAAAAUGCUAAAUAUGUGGAGGAGCUUAACAAGAACAGAGCGGAAAAAAUAAAGCAGCAGGAAAAGAGGUACAUAAAAAAGCUAAAAAAGGAGUAUAAAAAUAAGCGAAGGAAUAAAAGUGACAGUCGAAGUAGCAGCGAGGACAGUGCUACUUCCUCAGAGGAUGACUCGAAAAAGAACAAGGAGGAAAAGGGAGGGAAGAAAAAAAAAAAAAUCACAAACAUUCAAGACGGGGUAAAUCCCUAUAAACUAUCGAGCUUCUUUAAAAUGAAGUGA